CUUCCUGGAGCUAUGCGGUAUACUUGGUUUUACCGCAGAACAGGCGCCAGUGGAUUGAUUGCUGUGCUGUGAGUGCAAAUGUAUGGGAUUGUGAUGGGAGCAUGGAUGAACCUGGAAGCCACAGCAUGAACACAGUGACUUAUGAUGAUGUACACAUCAACUUCACUCAGGAAGAGUGGGUUUUGCUAAAUCCUUCCCAGAAAAGUCUCUACAAAGAUGUGAUGCUGGAUACCUACAGGAACCUCUUUGCCAUAGGCUACAGGUGGGAAGACCAUAAUAUUGAAGAACAUUGUCAAAGUUCUAGAAGACAUAGAAGGAAUGAAAGAAGCCAUACAGGAGAGAAACCCUGUGAAUAUACUCAAUGUCUUAAAACCUUUAUGUGUUGCAGACAUCUUCAAUGGCAUGAAAAAAUUCAUAAUGGAGAGAAACCAUAUGAAAAUCUUCAAUAUGAUGAAGUCUUUGCAUGUCACAGUUGUCUCCGACUCCAUAAAAGAACACAUACUGGAGAGAAACCCUAUGAAUGUAAUCAAUGUGGUAAAGCAUUUUCACAACACUGUAAACUCCAAAUACAUAAAAGAACACAUACUGGAGAGAAACCCUAUGAAUGUAAUCAAUGUGGUAAAGCAUUUUCACGACACUGUAAACUCCAAAUACAUAAAAGAACACAUACUGGAGAGAAACCCUAUGUAUGCAAUCAAUGUGGUAAAGCCUUUGCACAUAACUGUCAUCUUCAAGUACAUAAAAGAACACAUACUGGAGAGAAACCCUAUGUAUGCAAUCAAUGUGGUAAAACAUUUUCACAGCAUAGUAAUUUAAGAGCACAUCAAAGAACACAUACUGGAGAGAGACCCUAUGAGUGUAAUCACUGUGAUAAAGCUUUUUCAAGUCAUGGUGAACUUAAAAGACAUAUAAGAACACAUACUGGAGAGAAACCUUAUGAAUGUAAUCAAUGUGGUAGAGCAUUUUCACAACACUGUAAACUCCAAAUACAUAAAAGAACACAUACUGGAGAGAAACCCUAUGUGUGUAAUCAGUGUGGUAAUGCCUUUUCACAUGCUAGUAGUCUCCAAACACAUAAAAGAACUCAUACUGGAGAGAGACCCUAUGAAUGUAAUCAAUGUGGUAAAGCUUUUUCACAACAAGGCAGUCUUUUAAAGCAUAAAAGAAUGCAUUCUGGAAAGAGAUCCUAUUAAUGUAAUCAAUGUGGUAAAGCCUUUGCACAUACCAGUACCCUCUUAAAUCAUAACACAUUCAUACUUGAGAGAGACCCUUUGAAUGUAACCAAUGUUGUAAAGCCUUUGUAUGUAUUGUCAGUCUUUAAAACCAUGAAAAAAAAUCAUACUGCAGAGAAACCCUAUAAAUGUAAGAAUUGUGGUAAAGUUGUGCACUUUGCAUACCACAAUAAUCUUUUUUUUUUAGAUUUUUAUUUUUUUUAUUUAAACAAUAUUCUGCCUACAUGCCAAAAGAGGGCACCAUAUCUCAUUAUAGAUGGCUGUAAGCUACCACAUGGUUGCUAGGAAUUGAACUCAGUAUCUCUGGAAGAGCAACUGGAACUCUUAACCUCUGAGCUGUCUCUCCAGUUGGCAUAUCACAAUAAUCUUUGAGGGCAUGAGAAAGUUCAUACUGAAGGGAAUCUUACUAUAAAGGAUUUGGUGACACCUUUAGCAAACAUACAUUUAGUUACACAAAAUUCUGGAUCAACAAUCUGUUCAAGCAUUAUGAUGUCUCUAUUUUGUUUGCACCUGCAAACUCAUAUGGACAAAAGUCCUAUGAAUUCAUUAAUAAGGUAACCCUUUUUGAUUUUACUGUUUUCUUUAAUUGCUUAAAAAACCUCAUUCAGAUCGAUUGAUUUUUCUAAAUCCAAUCCUACAUGCUUACUUUCUGUUACAUGAUCCAAUUCAUGAUGAAGGAAAACUGUUAAGACUUAAAAUGCCUCAACACCUGGGUUACAGGAAUGAAUGCUUACAAUAGAAAAUAUUCAAGUGUGGAAAUCUGUUUGGCUAGAGAUUUGAUUGAAUUUUAAUUAUGUGAUGUCAGUGUAUGGGUUUGUGACUGCUCAUGCUUCCCAAGAAGGUUAGACCCUUGAGUAUUCCUGUAGCAGGAACUACAGAAAGUUCUCAAAAACCUCACCUAGGUCCUGGCAAUGAACUUGUCAUAAUUUUGCUUACCCAUGUCUCUAACUCUGUACAUAUUUUAAAUCCUUUUUGUAUCAUCUUGAUAAUAGAUAAUAGAGAAGAACUUAUGGAAGAGAAAACCCAAUUCAUGUAAACAAUUUGGUAAAGACUUCAUACUUGUCUUUAAUUUCAAUAAAAAAUAGUUUUCUAUGAA